GAUUAUUACAUUCCUCCAACAUACAUACAUUAAAGGAAUUUUAUGCAAUUCCAGCUACAUUAGUUAACAACCACACGGUACAAAUAACACAAUUAAAAUUUACUGCCUAACCGGGAGCUUACCCUGAGCCGUAACUCCCGUACCACUUUAUAGACGCCGCGGCUUUUUAUCAAUAUUGUAGUCGGCUGCAGUUACUCUUCGGUAUCUGCCAAAUUGUGGCACCAUACCAUCAAGAUGCAUUUCACCGCUGUCGCUCUUCAGUCCUUGUUAACACUGCUUGUGUUUCAGCAGAGUUUUGGGGCAAGUUCCACUUGCUUGAAGCUGCUGGAAGCAUGUCAGUUGGUUGAGCGCUAUGCAGACCUGUGGGAAGUCAUCGACGAUUCCAAUGGAGAACCCGUGUGGCCGGUUAGCGAGGAAUUCCUUCGUCAAAACACCGAACGAGCCGAAUCACGAUGCCGACUGAAUGCGGAAAAGGGGUACUGCCGGCUAAGUUACCUACGCCGUUGCGCGCAAGAGGUGAAGGGAAGGGGAGCGCCUAAGGGAAAAGAUUACUUCGAUGCCGAGUUGAACGCCGCCUACGGGAAAAUGUGCCAAGUUUCCGUUAAUCCCAUCCAACAUACAUUUGCGCUCUACCAAUGCGCCCUGCAUAAUUCCACGGUGAUAGAGCGACUCAUGGGCGACGAUACGACGGCACUGAUCAAUGCCACGCAUAAUACUUCCGAUGCACACCGUAACGUCUGCCAGGCCUUGCGAAUGUAUUACGAACAAACCGGAGGAGCCGGCAAAGCGAGUCUAGUUGCCACGUGUGGACAGGACGCUGCCAGUGUCAUUACGGACGGCUACAAGAAAAUGCAUGGUGCCUAUUGCUCCAGCUAGCCAUUUAUUGCUACUUUUCGAUUCAUACUUUUGUCACUUAACCUGUAAUGAUUUGGCAACGAUCUAAACUGCAGUAACGAACUAAAAUGCAAUAACAACUUGGAAACAAAGUUUUGAUAGGCUGAACUAAGACUGCCAUUUUUGACAAUUGCAGCACAGUGUGCGUCGUAAUCGCUAAUGCCGAAAGUUUUUA